AUUUGUUGUCCUUCUAAUCUGGAGUGUAAAGAACUCACCAGAUCUGAUACUGCAUCCGCGCAAUUGUGCAUCCAUCAGUAAAAUAAUCUGACAGGCUGUAUCCCCCCAGCUACUCACUCCGCAAGUGAACCCCGCAUUACGUUUUGGUGUAAAUGUCAAAUCGACUAAGGUUUAUUUACUCCCUCAAUUUUGGAAUUCGGCCAAUCUAGAAACGCACGGAUCUUGAAGUGUCGUGACUGCCUUUCUAUUUGUGAGAAAGCAUCAUUUUCCCCUCGUAUUUCGGUGAUGGAACUUGCAAAGCUAAACCCUAGCCAAAGGAUUUUAUUCAAUCAGUUUGCAGAUGCUGUGGCGAAUUACCGGCCACCAGAAUGGACCGAUGACUACGUCCUUAAAUGGCUCGUGGCUCGCGAUUUCGACGUCCAAAAAGCUGAGGCUAUGCUUCUACAAUCGUUAGAAUGGCGCCAAAUCCACCAGAUUGACGGGAUUUUAGAGAACUGGACACCGCCAGAAGUGGUGAAAAAAUAUUACGCAAUGGGAUCGGUCGGCAGCGACAAGUUUGGCUGCCCUGUAUGGAUAAACGCGUUUGGUCGGAUGGAUAUGGUGGGAUUACUGCAAUCCGUUUCAAAGCGGGAUUACCUCCGCUACGUCGUCUACGUCACCGAAAUGAGCCAUCGCCAAAUGCAUCAAAAUUCUCUUGUUACUGGCAAACCUGUGUCGUAUCAGACACUCGUGAUUGACAUGGCAGAACUGUCAAUUAAUCAGAUCACCAAACAAUUUAUGGAAGUUGGGAUGGACUUGACAAGAAUGUUUUUAGCUAAUUAUCCCGAAGGAGUUCGCCGAGUCUUCGUCAUCAAUGUUCCCCAGAUUUUUUCAACGGUAUUUACCUUCGUUAAACCAUUUCUCAGUCCUGCCACGCUAGCCAAACUUAGCAUAUUUAGCCAUGACUCAAAGAUGUGGAAGGACGCAUUAUUAGAAGAAAUUGACGCCAGCCAACUUCCCGUCCAUUAUGGGGGCACCAUGGUCGAUCCCGACGGUAAUCCCAUGUGCCUUACGAAGAUAAGCAUGGGUGGCCAAGUUCCUAAAACCUAUUACUUGGAGAGGAAACAACCUGUGCCUGGAAACCAAAUGAUAAGCGAUCUGAUUCCAGCUGGCAAGCGAAAAUUGAUAGAAAUAACAGUCGAUGAAGCUAAAUCGCUACUCAGAUGGGAGUUUGUGACAGAAGAGGGUGACAUUAAUUUCCAACUGGCUUACAUGAGGGAAAAUGGCGAAGAAAUGUUAAUUCUACCGCGUGAUCGUUACGAAAGUCAUCAGCUGAUGGAAAAGGGAGAGAUUGUUUGUAUUUACAGCGGCAGAUACAUAAUGGAGUUUGACAAUUCGUAUAGUUAUUUCCGUUACAAGAAGCUGUGGUACAACAUCGACGUCGUCAAGCCCACGAAUAGAUAAGUAAUUCUCAUUACCCAUAAGGUGCUACCCUGUUUAAGUUUUUCACAGUUUGAAUUUUAAAAAAGCAUAUUUUCUUUGAUACUCAAAAAUCAAAGAAAAAUAUCAGUUUUGACAAGAAUAAAGUUUUAUUUUUAAUA